AUGCAGGAAUACCUUGGAAUUCAUGGAAAUGAGCUAAACUAUGCAAACACCGGAUAUAAUAUUGCCUCAAUAAUUUUUGGAUUGCCUUGUGCUUAUCUAAUGAGUAAAUAUAACACUCGUUGGUUCAUUAUUACUAUUGAGAUUCUUUGGACAGUGAUAACCUUUUGUUUUGUUGCUAUCAAGACACCAAAACAAAUGAUUGCUCUACGAACGAUUCUUGGCAUCGUGGAAUGUGGCCAUUUUUCGGCAUUCGUUUUCUUGAUUGGGACAUAUUAUACAAAACUUGAGUGUGCUAGGCGAAUGGUUGUUUUUGAACUCUUUACAAUCUUAGGAGGAAUGUUUGCUUCUUACAUUCAAGCCGGAGCAUCCACCUCCUUAAAUGGUAGAGAAGGAUUUCAAGGUUGGCAAUGGACCUUCCUGAUUGAUGGAAUCGUUUCCAUUUUUAUUAUUAUUUGUCAAUUCGUCUUUUUACCGGAUAUUUUGAGUCGGACGAAACCAAAUAGAUUUUUGAGCGAACAUGAUCUCCAGUGGUUGCAAACAAGGAAACCCCCAUUAAAAACAGAACCAGAACCAGAAAGUAGAUUAGCUAUUCUAAAGGAACAGUUAGGCUGGCUCAAGCAGUGGCGCGUUUGGGCAUUCUGGGGAUUUGGAAUUUCCCAAGAUAUCAUUUCUCUUUCGGAUCAAUCUACCCAAUUUUGGAUCAAAGGUUGGAACAAAAUUAAACCCGGCUCAUAUACAACUGCUCAGUACAAUAAUCUUACUUCCCCAUUAGCUGCUGUGACGUUCUUAUGUGCCGUGUUAUUUGGCUGGACUUCAGAUACCUUAUUCAAAGGUAAAAGGUGGCCGGGUAUAGCUAUUUCUGGUAUCUGGAGUUUCAUUAUAAUGAUAGUCCUUGCUACAAUACCUGUUUAUGGAUCAAAGCCAAUACGCUUUUUUCUAUACUAUAAUACCGGCGUUGCGCAGGCUGCAGCCGGUUUAUAUUGGUGUUACUCUCAGGAGCUUUUCGCACAUAACCUUCGCCAGGCAGCAUUUGUUGCCGGUGGGAUUAAUGUUUGGGCUUAUGUUGCCAACAGCAUUGUGAACAAUAUAUGGUUUAAAACAUCAAAACAACCGUUUGUACAAACAGGUCAUUUUAUUUCAGCUUUUUUUGCCGUGGUUUAUACUGCAAUAGCUCUUUGCUUAGGUCUAACACAAAAAAGAUAUUUGGAACAUUUCAAAAUUGAAGAUGUAAGCUUUUUAAAUAACAAGACAGAUAACGCAUCAUCUGAGAACUUUCCAUUGGAAAAAAAAAACAAUGAAAUACUGGAACAUACUUUGAUAAAAGACAAGACAAAAAUUUAA